CUCAUUUUUACUACUGAUCACAAAGUUCCUAAAAAGUGCAGAUCUCAAUAACAGAUAUCGCUAGUGCAAAGUAUUUCAGUAUACAUAUAAAUAAAAAGAAAUCAUCAUAGCACUACUCAAUGGGGUUUAAGUGCUUGUUGUUGAGUUACGGUUACAUGUUGCGUUUUCAAUUGUGUCAACACACAUCAUGAGGAACUGCGUCCCAAACAGGCCUGUUCAUUUGUCAAGAUUUGAAGUGAAUCUAAAAGAAAAUGAGGUUAUUGAGUGACAUUUAAUUCAACUUUAUACAGAAAGAAAUAAAAAAGUUGAGGCAGGAAGUGAAUGAUAUGCAGUUAAGAUCAAAUGAGUUACUAUUCGUAAACAACCAAUUUUCUACCGAUGAAAAUUUCAACAUCAUUAAAAACCUUGAGCAACAAUUAGAUUCUUUGAAUGAAGAACUAAAAUAUGAAACAGUUCUUCGUUCAAGGAUUGAAAAAGAGUUGAGUUGUGCAUUAAGUGAGCUGAGGUUUUAUCGGACAUCUACAGUAGCUGAUAUUGCCCACCAAGAAAAAAGCGAAAUUAAGUCUCACUGUGAAAGUUUUACGAUCGAAAUUUUGAAUGAACUGAAAGCACAAAUAUAUUCAAACUUAUCAUCAUUCACCGAACAAAACAUAAAGCAAUUGACUUUGAAGAAAGGACAUUACAAUGAACUGAUUGGUUUUGGGAAGUUACGAGAGACAGCUAAUGAAUUCAAAAGAGAAUUGAUUGAGAUUUGUAGACGUGAAGAAAGUGCUAUUAAAUCACUUGGUGAAUUACAACACAAGUAUUCUAUACUUCAAAGACAAUACAAUGGAUCCACUCAACUAACUGAGGAUGCAUUACAUAAGGUUGCAGAAUUAAUAUCUUUAAGUCAAACAUUAACUAACGAGCGUGAUGAUGCAAUACAAAGAAGAGAAAAUGCAGAAAAUGAACUUUCAAAACUCCAACUCGUUGUCGAUAAACUAACUGAAGAAUCUGGUCAACGUACAAGGGAAGAAAUAGAUAAAAUAGAAAAGAAAGCCAAUGAAAAUAUUGAGAAUUUAUUAAAUGAACUGCACCAUAUGGAGAAGGAACGCUGUCAAUUGGCCAUUCAAUUAGAAUUUUAUAAAACAAACAACCUUAGUCAUCAUAUCAACGAUGUAAAUAAUGAAGGUAAAUCUGUUCUAAAUGUAAAUACUACUUCAGGCGAUUCGAAACCGGAUUGUCUGUUGGAUACUUUUAGAAAACGUGCCAUACACGCUGAGAGUUUAUGCAACGAAUUAAAGUUAAGAUUGGAAACUGAAUGUAACAACAAAGAAAAGUUAGUUGCAUCUAAACAAAUCGAAAUUGAACAAUUAAAUGAAAAGAACAAAUUGCUUAUAGAACGCUUUGAAUAUAAUGAAUUACGACGGAAAAAGAAUGAAAACCAUUAUAAUAAACAAAAUGAAGUUUUGUUCAAUUCUCAACUCCAAUUGAAUAGUCUUAAACAACAGUUAGAAGCUGUACAAAAAAGUGCACAAGUUCAAAUCACCUCAAUAAAACAGUCAAUGAAAAUGCAAGAAGUCGAGUAUAAAUUAAAGAUCGAAACACUUGAGAAAGUAAAUAAAUUAACCGAUGAAAAUUGGCGUAAUCUGUUAGAUAAGCAACAAAUAUUAACGUCACAAUGGAGAAAGGAAGCAGAAGAACUAGCCAACCAACUUGAAGAACAAACCAAUGCAUUUGAGACGGAAAUAGGAAAAUAUCGGAGUAAAUGACAAAUGUCUACCAAUAACGUGAUGACUCGGCCUUAUUUCAUCAUGCGAUUUCCCAAAUACCCGAUGAUAAGGAUGAAUGAUAUGCUGCCCAAGAGUAAUUUCCUCAAGUACGCAAAUAAUAGAGACAUUACUUACCAGAUAGUAAAGUUGUAGCAAUCCACUUAUUGGACACUGAAGACUUGUGUUUGACCUUACUAAUGAUUGUUCAUAUUUUAGUGAUAAUGUUGACAAUAAGAGAGAAUAAUUUGCAAUCCCAUUUUUGCUUUCAUGACAACGGAUUUUCUUUUAAAUUACUAAUUUAUUUAAUUACAGAUUGUUGAACAAGUGAAAUACCCAUAUCGCUUAUCUAAGUAUUAUUUUGUCCUAUAUUAAUUGACAAUGGGUUAGAUGCAAAGUGGAAAUUAGUUACAUACGAUCAUUCACAAAUUGCGAAACAGUGGAAAUGAAUCACUACUCAAGAUUAAUAAAAUGUAUAAAAGAAAACCAGGAAAGAAUUGUUCUCUUCUCUGGUUUUAAUGUACAAACAGUUCACUCUCAAUAUUUUUUUGAAAUUUUUGUUGACGAUUCCAUCGAAAUAAUGAAAAAACCAGUGUUACCACUAA